AAAACAUUCUAAAAUUAAAUUCAAUAAUUUUAACUUUGAAAAGAUCGUGUUUAAUCGAUUUCGACGGAGAAAACAAAAGCGUCAGGCCUGGUCCAUGAGCAGGGGCUUAUCGUGGUUGGCCUAAAGAUCCUUUUUGCGCCCUAAGAGCAACAAAGGGGCACAAUUCGACGCUUUCUAGUUGUGCAGGGGAAAAGGUAGAAAAUGGUAAAUCAUGAAGAGGAAGAAGAAGAUAUUGUGUGGUUGGACGAAUCUUUCUUCAUCAAUGACAAUUACCAGCUAACUUCUUUCACCUUUGGGUCUCAUGUUCUCCAGCUCUAUUGUCUUCACUCAGCUUCUACUGAUUUUGAUUUGACAGGACAAUUGGUAUGGCCUGGUGCAAUGCUUUUGAAUGAUUAUCUCUCUAAAAACGCUGAGAUGCUUCAAGGAUGUUCCGUGAUCGAAUUAGGCUCUGGUGUGGGUAUCACUGGCAUGCUCUGCAGCAGAUUUUGUCGUCAAAUUCUUCUGACUGAUCAUAAUGAAGAAGUGCUGAAGAUCCUUAGGAGAAACAUAGAGCUCAAUGCAUCUUCUGAAAAUCCUAGUUGUUGUGCUGCACUAGAAGCUGAGAAGCUGGAGUGGGGAAAUUCUGAUCAGAUUAACAGGAUUUUACACAAAUAUCCUGGAGGUUUUGAAUUGAUUCUUGGUGCUGACAUUUGCUUCCAGCAGUCAAGUGUUCCUUUGCUUUUUGAUACUGUAGAACAGCUCCUGAAGAACAGGGGACGCGGACAUUGCAAAUUCAUACUAGCAUAUGUAUCCCGAGCCAAAAUGAUGGAUUUGAUGGUUAUUUCGGAAGCUACUCGACAUGGUAUGCUGAUAAACGAAGUAGCUGGGACAAGGUCUAUGGUUGGAAAUCUUGAAGGAGUCAUCUUUGAAAUCACACUCUGCUAGAGCCUAGAGGUGAUGAAUAUUAUUGGACUGUGGGAAUUUGGGUUCAUGACUCGAUAUCUAAAGAAGCUAGUAACACACAUGAUUGUGGAAGAAAGGAAUCUGAUCUGAUGUGAUAAUGGCUUACCUGGUUGUUUGUGACGUUCUCGCCACCAAAGGAUUGAUGUUUGACUGGAAACGAUUUAGAAGGCAAGCAAGUUUAAUGCUUCCAAAAUCUCUUGUUAUUUAUAAUAGAUCCCAAGUAUGUUAUGCUCGUACUUCCACCCUAGGGCUGGAAAUAGUUGCACUGCAGCAGUGGGUUGAAUUGUAUGUUUAUGUCAAGAUAAUUCAAGAGCCUCAUUUGAGGAUCACAUCAACAA